AUGAACACAACCCAACAACCCGACCCGGCUUACGAUAUCGUCAUACUCGGAGCAUCCGGGUUUACCGGAAAAUACGUUGUCCGAGAAGCUCUCAAGUUCCUCCAGACACCGUCUUCUCCGUUAAAGACUCUAGCUUUAGCGGGUCGUAACCCGACCCGGUUAACCCAAUCUCUCCAAUGGGCCGCCCACCCGAACCCGCCUCCAUCCUCUGUCGCUAUCCUCACUGCUGAUACAUCCGAUCCGGAUUCACUUCGCCGUCUCUGUACACAAACCAAACUCAUCCUCAACUGUGUUGGACCUUUCCGCAUCCAUGGUGACCCCGUCGUCGCCGCUUGUGCCGAUUCAGGGUGUGAUUAUUUGGAUAUAAGUGGUGAGCCUGAGUUCAUGGAGAGAAUGGACGCUAAGUACCACGAAAGAGCGGAAGAGACCGGCUCUCUAAUCGUAUCCGCUUGUGGUUUCGAUUCGAUUCCUGCCGAGUUAGGACUUUUCUUCAACUCCAAACAAUGGGAGCCUCCAUCGGUUCCUAACCAUAUCCAAGCAUACCUCAGCUUGGAGUCUGACAAAAAGAUCGCUAUAAACUUCGGGACUUACGAGUCUGCGGUUUUAAUUGUAGCCAAUUCGGGAGAUCUUAAACAACUGAGACGUUCAAGACCAAGACGGCCUAGGUCGUCGAUUCAUGGCCCACCAGCUAAAGGAGCAAUACUAGAGAACCAGAAGAAGAUUGGUCUUUGGGCUUUGAAGCUACCUUCUGCUGACGCAGUAGUUGUUCGUAGAACACUCACAACUCUAACAGAGAAACCACAUGGGCUUCCGGGGAUUAACGAGAGUCCUGAGCAGAUACAAAAGAGAGAAGCUUUCUGGUCAACGAUCAAGCCAGCUCAUUUCGGUGUAAAGAUUACAUCCAAGUCUCUCUUUGGGAUCUUCCGUUAUGUCAUACUUGGAGUGUCUCUUGGUUUAUUUGCCAAGUUCUCUCUUGGAAGAUGGCUUCUUUUGAAGUUCCCAUCUCUUUUCAGCCUUGGUAUGUUUCAGAAGAAGGGUCCAAGCGAAGAAGAGGUCGAAAGCGCUACGUUCAAGAUGUGGUUCAUAGGCCGUGGCUACAGCGAAGAGAGUCUUGCUGCAGAAGGAAAAAUAAAACCUGACAUGGAGAUCAUUACAAGAAUCUCAGGACCUGAGGUUGGGUAUAUAACCACCCCUAUCGCGCUUGUUCAGUGUGGUUUGAUAGUCUUGGGGCAGCGUGAAAGCCUAGUGAAAGGAGGAGUCUACACGCCCGGGAUCGUCUUUGGUUCCACCGAUAUCCAGCAGCGGCUCGAAGAGAAUGGCAUAUCCUUUGAGGUGAUCUCAAAGAACAAGAUUCAAGUCUAG